UUUGACAGCAGCCCAGUGGAGCGGAAAUGCCAUGAAGCUUAAUACAGAACCUUGGAGCUGAAAACAAAGCGUUAUAAAGAAAUAAAGCAUGAGAUUUGAAUAUUAGAUAAGUUUAUUAUGCAUUAAUGGAAUAAAUUCUGUAUCCCACAACGUCCUGGAACUUAAAUUAUCCGGCUUUCGAGUGAGGGUGUAAACGAGGCAGUGUUUAUGAAAGCUGAGAUGCGUUAGCUUAGCCGCAUUAGCUUAGCCGCACUAGCUUAGCCUCAUUAGCUUGGCCGCGUUAGCUUAGCUGCACUAACUUAGCCGUGUUAGCUUACAUAAACACCGGAAGUACAUUUUCAUAACUUGAUAGCUGUACUUACUCCUCGAUCUGUGAUGUUAGUCCGAUGUUUUUACGGAAUACUUUAAUCACUGGAUAUGUAAAAUGUACGUCUAAGUAUGCUAGGAUGUUUAAAAAUGUGUUCGGCUCAGGAUUUCUUGUCAGAACCGCUCAUGUUUUCCUGACAUGGGUCAUAACGUUGAUUCUCUUCCUACACGACACCGAUCUCCGUAGAGAGGAAGAGGCGGGUCGACUCACGCUGCCGGUACUCUUUGUGCUGCUUGUGCUGCUUUCUGUGCUGCUCUACUUUGCUGUGUCACUAAUGGAUCCUGGAUUUGUGUUGGCUGAUGACUGUGACCUACAGUUCACACUUGGCAUCACUGAGGAGCAACAGGACAUGAUUCCACAAAGCAAACCAUUCCGUCAGCGUCGCUGUGGUCAUUGCCUGUUACAGCAACCGAUGAGAUCCAAACACUGCCAGACAUGUCAGCACUGCGUGCGGCGCUACGAUCAUCACUGCCCGUGGAUCGAGAACUGUGUAGGGGAGAGGAACCAUCGCUGGUUUGUGCUUUACUUGGCUGUGCAGUUCGUCGUGCUGCUCUGGGGGCUACAUGUGGCCUGGUCAGGCUUCAGCGACGCGGCGACGUGGUCAGUGUGGUUGAAAUCGAACAGCGUGCUGCUGGUGACGUGCGCCGUGGUGGCGCUGAUGGCGUUGACCGUGCUGCUGCUCCUGGGCUCCCACCUUUACCUGGUGUCUUUGAACACCACCACUUGGGAGUUCAUGUCACGCCACCGCAUCUCCUACCUCAAACAUUGCGGCAUCGACGAGAAUCCCUUCGACCGCGGGACCAUACGCAACCUGUGGAGUUUCUUCUGCAUGUGGAGCACAGUGGUGUGGGAGCAGAUGUACUUCAGGCAAGACUGCGAUCCUGCUUAAAGCAGCACAUCGUGUGAUCGGAACAAUUUCUGGUAACAUAGCCAAGUAAAUAAAAAUAUUACAUCUUGGUUAGAAAUACAAUCCCAAUAAAUACAUUCCUAUUAUUGCUCCAGUUCUUUAGAGAAUUCUCAAGUGCAUGGACAUAGCUGUAGUUAGAACCAUGUAGAGCCUCAUUUAUAGCAAGUCUAAAUUGACCCAAAGGUUUGGGUUUCUGUUUUUCCUGUGAAUAGAUCUGUAGGAAAUUUUCUAAUCAAAGUUGCAGCUGCACUUUUAAAACUUUAUCUUUAAAGUCAAUGUUUCAGCCAUGUCAGAAAGAAACAUUUAUUUUUUGGCAUCAGACAAACACAAAAUGAAAAGCUUACCUCAUGUCAUCUUUUACUAAAGGAACAUCUGCAAAAAUCAAUAAACAGGGCGGAUGCUAAGGUGCACAAUAUAACUUAAUGUGAAGAUUAAAAUACAGGGUAAAUGACUUGACAUUUUACAGCAUCACUUCCCUCUGUAGUUUUUAGACAAUUAAGCAAACUGUGUAAAUAACAAAUCCUUUUAAUUUUAAUAAAUCAAACUUGUAUGUAGUAGAAAAAGCAUCGCAUAAAGCACUUACGCCAACACGAACAAAGUGGCGGACGCAGACUGCAGUCAUUAUAUCGGGUUAACUGGCACCGUUUUGUAGCUGAACGGUAGAUGCGAAGCAGGUAUAUUAGUUUAAUUCACAUUCAUUAUAGCCAAAUACAUAGCUACAUUAAACUAGCUGAUGCGAUUACAUGCACAAAUCUGUGAUCCGCUAUCAUGACUGCGGUUUUCUUCUAACGCUGCUAUUGAAUUCUCGAUUCUGAUUGGUCAGAAGGCGUGGCCUAUUUUUCUAUUAGCAUGGCUCUGACAGUAGUUAAUGCGCUUUACACAGGUAAAUUUGUCGAUACGAUCUGUGUCAAGUUACAAUUUUUGUCUGAUUAAUUUGACAAUUAAAAAAGAGAACAGUAAAGAUAGGUGGUGACAGGAUGGUGUUUUCACACAGGAUGGUGUUUUUCUCCCCCAAUUACUUUGAUGCGUCAUUUAAAUCACACAAAAUUAUCGGGGUCAAACAUACAGAGUAGGUGGCUGUUGAUGACCUGGUGUUGAGUCAUUGAACUUCUAGGCUUCAGUGAAAAUGUUAGCAGUUGAAUCACUUUCUAUAAAUUUUACAGGGAUGCUGUAACUCACCUGGUCGUGAUAAGGUUUAUUUAAAAUGUACUUAAACUCUAAUGGACACAACACAAACAGCUGUGACAGAUUCGUCCCUGCAAUCCUCUAAAUUUCGGGUGAAAUUGUUGCCCGUUUUAAGACAGUGUACUUUAUGUUCCAUGUAUUUGGCCGUUUGGGUCGCUGGCUUGUUUUUAUACAUGUUUCUGUUCGAGUUUCAGAAAUUGACAAUCAGAUCAGUAACCUGUACCCUCUUAAAUUUCAGCCGUCCGAAAUUAGAGCCUUUGAAAAUGGUAAAGUAAAUAAAUGAUGCCACAAAACAGCUUUCUGUAAAAAAUAAAUAAAAUAAUCAUCUCAAGCAGUUAUACAGGGUUUGUAUAUUUAAAAAAAGAAAACUCCAAGCCUUCCUUUUAUUUUUGUAUAAUUAUAGCCAGUUCUUUUCAUCGGUAAGCAAUUUAAAAAGAGAACGCGCAUGCGGAUGUUUUUAACUUUGACCCUAUUUUGUACUGAUGUUCGGUUGCGAUCCGUUCUGUUCCGUCUCUCCUUUAUAGAUCAAACUGUUAUAAUGUCUUCUGUGCAAUAGACAGAUAUUUUAAAACCUUAAAAGGCAAAAGCAAUAACGAUUUCUCCUUUUAAAGUUACUUCCAAUACAUUUGCACUUGACUGUUUCAGUAUUUGUGCUGAAUUCCUCUUUAACAAUGCAAUGUUUUUGUGACAUGUAAUGAUGUACAGGGUCACAGUGGCGGUAUUCAAUAAACUGAACAAAUGUAGA